UCUCUCUCUCUCUACUCUGUCACCUCCUUCCUUGUUUCCAACUCCUUUCUCUCUCUAGAAAAAAAAACCUCAUCCAGUUUUUUUUCUUCUCUUCUCUGCUCUGUUCUAUAAAAUACAAAUUACAUUGCAAUCUGCAUAAAUUAAAAUUAAUAUUCACUCUUCUCUUCUGAUUUCUCUCUCAACUUCUCUCUCUUCUCUCUCUCUCUUGUUGCAGUUGGUGAGAAAACAAAACAGAUCCCUCUUUCUUCUUCCUCCUCCUUCUUCCUCUGCUCCUCCGAUUCGAUCCUCUCGAUCACGCUCUCCGCCAUUCCUCUACUCAAUUCCCUCUCUUCCUCCGUCGUCUCUCGCCGUUUCUCCGGUCACCACUCGCCCUCGCUUCUCGCUUCCGCGGUUGCUCUGUUUCUCCGAAUUCUUCAAUUCGCGAUUAGGGUUUAUGCGUUGUGCUGUGUUUGCUGAGUGUUUGGGUUACGGAGUGGAAUUUUGCUGUCUGUGGUUGAUGGAAUUGGAAUUUGUUGCUUCAAUUUAAUGCAGUGAGUGAGUGAUUGAUUGUUUGUUUGUUCCCAAUGAUUAUCAAGCGGAACCUGAAAUCGCAAAUGCCGGCUCUCAAACGGUGUAAAACCGGUGAUGUUGCCGGCGAGGAUGACGAGUCUGCUCAGGCGAGUAAGAAGAGGAAAACUAACGGGUACUACCAUCUGAAUCUUCUCGGUGAUGUUGCUGCCGGGGUGAUUCCGGGGAGUUUUCAUGGUCUUUUGAGUGGCGGCGUGGAGAAGGGGUUCUCUGCGUACGGUGGAGUGGAAACGAAGGGUGGUGGUGUUCCGGCGAAGAAGGACCAGGUUCAGCGGCCGCCGUUGGUUAGGACUUCGAGGGGGCGAGUUCAGGUUCUUCCUUCGCGGUUUAAGGACUCUGUUAUUGAUAAUUGGAGGAAGGAUGGGAAGAAUAGUUUGCCGGAUUGUGAGGUUGAAGAUGAGGUUGAAUGCAAGGUGGAGAAGUUCAGCUUCAGGGCAGCGAAAACUUGCAACCAGAAUGCGAGGAAAGGGCGGAACGAUGAGAGAAUCGGGUAUAAGGCUCGCAAGUACUCGGCAUUGUGUGGGGAUGAGGUUGGUCCGAGGUUUAGGAGUUUUGGUGCAAGGAAGGAUUCGAAUUUGCGGGGUGCAUUGGCCUCGAGGCGGGAGGUGCUGGUUGAGGAUGAGAAAGGAAGGUUUUUGGAGGUGGAUGGGGUUGAUUUGAUGGAGGAUGAUGGAGUUUUGAAGGAGAAUGGGGAGAAGAAAGAUGGGUUGUAUGGACCAGAAGAUUUUUAUGCAGGAGAUAUAGUGUGGGCCAAAGCCGGGAGGAAGGAACCUUUUUGGCCUGCCAUUGUCAUUGAUCCUAUGAAGCAGGCACCUGAGCUGGUCAUGAGGUCUUGUAUACCUGAUGCAGCAUGUGUCAUGUUUCUUGGCUACGCAGGCAAUGAAAAUCAAAGGGACUAUGCAUGGGUCAAGCAUGGCAUGAUAUUUCCAUUUACAGAUUAUGCAGACAGGUUUCAAGGGCAGUCUGAAUUGAGUUUCUAUAAUCCCCCUGACUUCCAAAUGGCAGUAGAGGAGGCAUUUUUGGCAGAACAGGGCUUCACCGAGAAGUUGAUGGCUGAUAUAAAGGCAGCAGUUGGUAGCAUUGGUUGUGAUGAUGAUACUACUCUGAAAUCCUUUCAGGAGGGCACUGGUUCAAACCGGUUUGCAAGACACCACUUUCUAAACCAGGAUUUAUUUGAUAAGAAAGGCACACGACCCUGUGAAGCCUGUGGAUCGCGCCUUCCGUACAAGAUGUCGAAGAAAACAAAGGAUUCAACUCCUGGCGGUCAAUUUCUAUGUAAAACAUGUGCCAGGUUAACAAAAUCGAAACAUUAUUGUGGCAUAUGCAAGAAAGUUUGGAAUCAUUCUGAUAGUGGAAGUUGGGUGCGCUGUGAUGGAUGUAAGGUGUGGGUGCACGCAGAAUGCGACAAAAUUUCUAGCCGCCUUCUCAAGAAUCUUGAAGACACUGAUUAUUACUGCCCAACUUGCAAAGCCAAGUUUGAUUUUGAGUUAUCUGAUUCAGAAAAGUCACAGCCAAAAGUCAAGUGGAAUAAAAACAACGGGCAGUUACUGCUUUCAAAUAAGGUUACUGUUCUAUGCAAUGGUGUGGAAGGCAUAUAUUUUCCAAGCCUUCACUUAGUUGUGUGCAAAUGUGGUUUUUGUGGGACUGAAAAGCAAGCACUUAGUGAAUGGGAAAGACACACUGGUUCCAAAUUACGAAAUUGGAAAACAAGUAUUACGGUGAAAGACUCCAUGCUACCGCUGGAACAAUGGAUGCUGCAGUUGGCAGAAUUUCAUGCUAGCGCUCUAGUGUCUGUCAAACCUAAAAAACCUUCUCUAAAAGAAAGGAAGCAGAAGUUGCUUACCUUUUUACGAGAGAAGUAUGAACCGGUGCAUGCUAAGUGGACUACAGAGCGCUGUGCUGUUUGUAGAUGGGUUGAAGACUGGGACUACAAUAAAAUUAUCAUUUGCAACAGAUGUCAAAUAGCUGUUCAUCAAGAAUGCUAUGGAGCAAAACAUGUUAAAGACUUCACAUCUUGGGUUUGCAAGGCUUGUGAAACACCUGACAUCAAACGGGAGUGUUGUCUUUGUCCUGUAAAAGGUGGUGCUCUAAAGCCAACUGAUGUUGAUACAUUAUGGGUACAUGUCACUUGUGCUUGGUUUCGACCUGAAGUCUCGUUUGCUAGUGAUGAGAAGAUGGAGCCUGCUUUGGGUAUUCUGAGCAUUCCAUCAAAUUCUUUUGUGAAGAUUUGUGUUAUUUGCAAGCAGAUUCAUGGUUCAUGUACACAAUGUUGCAAGUGUUCCACUUAUUUCCAUGCCAUGUGUGCAUCAAGAGCCGGAUAUCGAAUGGAGUUGCAUUGUUUGGAGAAAAAUGGUAAGCAGACAACAAAAAUGGUUUCUUACUGUGCUUACCACAGGGCUCCAAAUCCAGACACUGUUUUGAUUAUGCAAACCCCUCUUGGGGUCAUUUCAACAAAAAACCUUCAUCAAAACAAGAAAAAAUCUGGAACAAGGUUAUUCUCAUCUAUCAGCGCAAAGCAAGAAGAUACCCCUGUUGAUAACACUGAGCAUGAUCCAUUCUCUGCUGCUAGGUGUAGAAUCUUUCAAAGAACAAAUCGCACCAAAAAGAGAGCAGCAGAUGAAGCCAUUUUUCAUCAAGCGAGGGGUCACUACCAUCAUCCUGUAGAUAAAAUACAGAGUUUAAAUACAUACAGAGUGGUGGAGGAACCUCAGGCAUUUACUUCUUUCAGAGAACGCCUUCGCCACUUGCAGAGAACCGAAAAUGAACGGGUUUGCUUUGGUAGAUCGGGCAUACAUGGAUGGGGCCUCUUUGCACGUAGAAAUAUUCAAGAAGGAGAAAUGGUUCUUGAAUAUCGCGGUGAACAAGUGAGGCGCAGCAUGGCGGACCUGAGAGAAGCACGCUACAGAUUACAAAAGAAAGACUGCUAUCUAUUUAAAAUAAGCGAAGAAGUGGUGGUAGAUGCCACUGACAAAGGAAAUAUAGCACGGCUAAUUAAUCAUUCUUGCAUGCCAAAUUGCUAUGCAAGGAUCAUGAGUGUGGGUGAUGAUGAGAGCCGAAUUGUGCUCAUUGCAAAGACUAACGUAUCUACUGGUGAUGAACUAACGUAUGACUACUUGUUUGAUCCUGAUGAGCCAGAAGAAUUCAAAGUCCCUUGUCUCUGUAAAGCUCCAAACUGCAGGAAAUUCAUGAAUUAGGAAGGAAGGAUUAUUAUACAAAUGAAAUGAAGAUCACAUCACAUAACAUGGAUUGUUUCUUCUCCGUAAGGAGCACUAACCCAUCCCCUCCUCUACAGGGAAAAUCUCAGUUAAACCAAAGCUGUAAUUUUUAUCAAACCAAAAAAGAGAGAAAAAAAAAACAAAAAAAAAUAGGAGAACAGGCAUAGGUUUGUGUUUUUUGUUUUUUUCAUUUCCACUUUGGUUUCCUUUGGACAUUCAUAGAAGUCUAAUAAGAACUAUAGAUUACAAUUUAGAGGCUUUUGGCCCUUGGGUAUCUCUGUAAAUUUAUCACCCAAUAUUACAUUUCAUUUUCCUGAUUUUAAUGUUAACCAAUUUCUUCCCUCCC